AUGUCGGCAACCUACUCUUACAUUUUAUCUUUAACAUCAGCUAACACGAACAUCUACAAAAUCGGUGGUCCUAUUCUCAUCGUCAUAGGCACUCUAAGCUGUUUCAUGAGUUUGAGAGUUUUCACAAGAAGAACUCUACGACAGAGUCCAUGCUCUAUAUAUUUAAUCGCAUCUACCUUGGCAAAUUUCCUUAUGAUCUACACAUCGAUAUUGAUCUCAACACUGGGCACUGGUUAUAACAUCGAGCCAAGUACAUACGAUCUCAAAUUCUGCCGUUUUCGUUACUAUAUUACAUUUGUCUGUGACGUUUUGAGUCCCUCUUACCUUAUUCUGGCUGCUAUCGACCGAAUCUUUAUCACUUCACGAAAUGCUUCGACACGACAACGAAGUACUUCUCGUCUUGCGUAUAUAUGCGUUGUAGUCAUCACUGUCUUCUGGUUGAUCUUUCAUAUACAUGCAUUGAUCUUUACAGUUAUCAUCAAGAGUGCAUCUGGUCUUGAUGUUUGUUAUUUUCAACCGGGUGUCUAUCUAACACUAGUGAGUUAUUAUUCAUUGAUCAUCAAAGCUAUUCUUAUUCCAAUAUUGAUGAUCAUUUUCGGUUUAUGGACUGUAAAAAAUGUGCGGAGUUUGAUUCAUGCGACAGCUCUUGUCACUCGUACAUCAGUCAACGGUGUCGGAGUCGCAGUGGGCGGUGUGCGUUCUUCGCGUUCAAAAGAUCGACAACUAAUUAAGAUUAUUCUCUUGGAUACUUUGAUCUAUAUUCAGUUCAAUACGAUGAUAUCAGUGCUCCUUGUGUACCAACAAGUGAUGCAAGAUCGAGUUCAACCUUACGUUCAGUUGUAUCUACAAGGAUUUGUAUUGAGCGUGAGUGUGUUCAGUGCUUACAUUCCGUUCUGCAUUGGAUGUUAUAGUAAUUUAUUUGUAUCGAAAACAUUUCGCACCGAAGUCAGAAAUAUUCUGAUGUGUCGCUAA